UCUGAUAUUAUGGCGACGACGACGACGACGACAGCGAGUCUUCGACGGUUUGGGAACCUAUGACCGAGAGCCGACACGGUACGAUUGCGCACAUACCGUAUACAAACAGCGUGAAUGUGAUAUAAUAGUUAUAAUACAGAAUACGAUAAAUUCUAUACAUGGUACAUACACACACACGCACAUACCAUUCUGUACGUAUGUUAUGAUAAUGUGUAUUUUUCCAUUGUUUACUUUAUCGAAUAGUCGUUUUUUCGGUGUAACCCACCAAUAUUGCAUUACAACCGACGGGACACAAAAGAGGACUGCCCUUUGAGGAAAAGGUUUUGCUGCUGUUAUAAAAACAACGUCCGUCCUCCAAUGACAAUGCAGCCGUAUGAUGAUAACCGCAUAAUCGACUAACUUUCAAAAGAUAUUGGAUACCUACCACGGCAUUUGAUCGACACGAUUGACAAAUGAGUGUAUGAAAAUUACAUGGAUUACUUAUGACAUAUAAUGAUAGAAGGUGUGUCCAGACGUACCUUAGCAGGAUCGAGUGGCACUUACAAUGUCCGUGCUACCGAGUUAGCUGUGGACAGAGGGCGUUUAAAAUCAAUUAACGCUGUAGUAGUCUUUCUAGAUGACACCCAGCAUUGUUUCAAGCUAGACAAACGAGCCAAAGGUCAGGCGUUACUCGAAGCGGUUUUCCAACACUUGGAAUUGAUUGAGAAAGACUAUUUCGGGUUGCAAUUCACUGACAACGGUCUCGUUCCGUCAGCAGCCAAUACUGAUUUAUUGAGAUGGCUAAAUCCGAAGAAGAGCGUUAAGAAGCAAAUGAGAGGAGGGCUUUUCUAUUUUCGUGUCAAGUUUUACGUAUCAGACCCAAGCAAACUUCAAGAAGAGUACACACGAUAUCAUCUGUACUUGCAGCUACGUAAAGACAUACUUCUGGGAAAACUUCUUGUAUCGCCGAGUACCGCGUGUUUACUGGCUAGCUACACAGUACAAUCCGAGCUUGGAGAUUACCACCCCGAAGAACACAAACCCGGGUACAUAUCUGGUAUGAUACUCGUACCUGGUCAAACAGAACAAAUGGAAAAGAAAAUUUCCGAUCUGCAUAAAUUACACAAAGGUCAAUCUCCGGCUGAUGCUGAGUUCAAUUAUUUAGAUCACGGCAAACGAUUGGAGAUGUAUGGUGUUGAUUUGCAUAAAGCUAAAGACUCGGGUGAAAAAGAAUUGGAUAUUGGCGUUACGUGCAACGGUUUGGUAGUGUUCCAAAACAACAUCCGCAUAAACACAUUGUCUUGGGCGAAAAUCGUAAAAAUUUCAUUCAAGCGCCGACAUUUUUUUGUUCAACUUCGCAGAGAAUUGUCUGAAAAUUAUGACACCGUCUUGGGAUUCAAUAUGAUGACGUAUCGUUCAUCGAAAAACUUGUGGAAGUCCUGCGUCGAACACCAUUCGUUCUUUCGUUUAAAUCAACCUGUGUGUCCGCCCAAUAACCGAGGUAUUCGCCGAUUGUUGCCAGGACCUUUGCAGUUUGGGUCGCGGUUUUCCUUUUCCGGCCGAACUGAAAUACAGACAAUUGAGGAUAGUCGAAUAUCUCAACAGCGACCACAUAGAACAUUUCUUAGAUUUAGCAGCAGAUGCACGUCGAAACAAUCGCCGCACGUCAACAACAAUGUUGACACUAAUAAAGCCGCCAAGGCAAUCGUUAGGUGUUCAACAUUGAGAGGAUCGCACGACAACAAAGUAACAUCAGUCGACAAAGAUCCACCAAGACCUGCCUGGGGACCGGGGUCAGACGAUGAAGGAGGAUUCAUACCAUCUGUCGCUCGGCCCAGUAGCAGUAGCAGCGGUGGUGCUAAUGGCAACACUAUACCCGCCAACGGCCGCUCCACAACAAACUAUGUCGACGACGACAUGUCCAGUAGUAUUUACGAUAUUCCUGCUUAUGACACUGAAUCUUCCUUGGGUGGCGACAACAAUGUUGUUUGCAUACACAUGUGUGCCGACAAUCAAGGGCGAUUUGGAUUCAACGUGAGAGGAGGUUCCGACUUGGGCAUGCCCAUUGUCGUGUCACGUGUUGUACCCAAUACGUCGGCUUACCGAGCGCAACCAAAACUCUGCGAAGGCGAUCAAGUAUUAAUGAUUAACGGACAAGAGGUCAGCGACAUGGUACAUGACGAUGUCGUAAAUUUGAUUCGAGCGGCUCGGGAUCUGGAACAUGACGGCAAAUUGAUAUUGACUGUGCAACAAAAAUGCAGCGACGACGAUUGUUUCAAAGAAAAAGAGGAAGAGCCCUUAUUCCAGUAUGUGCCGGAUUCCCCAGGAAACGUGAUGUCAUCCGACCCGCUGCUACAGUCUAUACUAUUGUUGGGCGACGGUUUGGCCAGCGGAUCGUUGUUGACACAGUUUGAACAGUUGUACCGACACAAACCUGGCGCAUUAAUGGACUGUGCCAGAGCAGCGCCAAAUAUCCACAAAAAUCGUUACCGCGACAUUGCACCAUACGAUUGUACACGAUAUGUUCUGAAAGAUCAGGAAAACGACUACAUUAACGCCAACUACAUAAACAUGGAAAUACCGGGUUCGGGAAUAAUCAACAGAUACAUAGCUACGCAAGGUCCGUUGCAGACCACCAUUGGUGACUUUUGGCAGAUGGUGUUAGAGUCGCGGAGUAAUCUGAUUGUCAUGGUCACUGCACUGGUAGAAAAAGGCCGGCAAAAGUGCGCCAAGUACUGGCCGCCAAUCAACGAAACGUUGGAAGUAAAACACGACUUGACAGUAAAAACUGUGUCCGAAGAAACCGAAACGUCGAACAUAAUCGUAUAUCGGCAAUUGGAGCUGACUGACUUGAUGACUAAUGAAACCCGACCAGUAACCCAAAUCCAAUACGGGCUGUGGCCCGACCAUGGCGUGCCAGACGAUUCAGACCGUCUGUUAAGCCUGGUGGAUGCAGUGCGCAAAGAACGCGCCGGAGUCGUUGAGCCUGUCGUCGUACACUGUUCCGCUGGUAUAGGACGUACCGGUGUAAUAAUACUGUUGGAGACCGCCCUGUGUUUGCUGGAAGCCGGUCAACCGGUGUAUCCGUUGGAAAUUGUCCGACAAAUGCGUGAUCAACGAGCCAUGAUGGUGCAAACUUCAAACCAAUACAAAUUUGUAUGUAGCUGCAUACAUUAUGCGUUCACACAGGGUAUUGUUCAGCCGUUGCCAGAGUACAGUCAACAAUAAUUUGGUUUUAUCACAAUAAAACUAUUAUUACUAUAUUUAUAGUAGUAUUGUUUGUGUUUGUGCUGCGAGUUUGGUAAUCGAGAACGAAAUCAUCACCGCCUGUAUUUGUUAUUAUUGUUUUUUACACUUGAACAAAUGUAUUUUUAUAUGUUAUUAUAUAUUUUGUAUAUGCCUUUACUAUCAAUGUUUAAAAACGUUUGACUUUACCAAACGUUCACUAUCAUUUACUUAAUUAUUAUUAUUAACAUUACCAAACGAGAUAUACAUUGUGCCCACCCACCCCUAACCUACUCAUACGGAAUUUUUUAGUUAGGUUAACAAAUCUAACUUUUUCCACCCCUUUUUCUGUGUAAAAAAAAGAAAUUGUACACGUACAAUAUAUAUUAUUAUAAACACAUACAUUUAAGAAAUAUUCAUUGCAUAGAUAAUAGUAUGUAAGUAUUCUGUUUUACUAUUAAAUAUAUAUAUAAUAUAUAUUUAUAUACAAAUAUUAUAUAAAGUACUAAUUAUAACUCUAUUUAUUUAUUUAUUAUAUAUUUUUUUAAAUGUUUUAACUUGACUAAAAUACUAUUUAUGUUUCUUAAGAAAGUUGUGCCUGAAUAGAGAUAGUUUAUAAUGUCCGUUGUACAAAAUGGUACUUGCAUUACAAUUAUGGACCAAAAUUGUAUGUGUAACAUGUAUUGAUGAUCUAUUUAUUUUAUUAUAUUAUAAAUUGAGUUAUGUACUGUAACGACAAUGAUAUUGAAAUUAUUUAUUUGUGUAACUAUUAUAAAUAGGUAACUUAAAUGUUUUUUUUACAAUAACUUGUUGAUUUUAUCAUGUGUAAAUGCUAUUCGAAUUACUUGACCUUCAGUGAUAUUUUCUCAAUUAUUAUUUUAGACUAUAGUUUAUAUAUUGUAUACUGAAUCGGUACUAAAUAUUUUAAUAUAAUUUAUAUUUUAAUAAAAGCGCGAGAAAACAAAAAUUAUAUAAUAAUCAAGACUGAUGAGAUGAAUGUUUGUCACACACACACAUAUGUAAUAUUUGUAUUAAUUUUAAAUCAAACUAAUUGCACUAUAUUUUUAAUGAUUUUUUUCAUUUACACAAUUUAACAACCAAUUUAACUUGACACUGAACGAUUAAAGUUAAAAUAGCCUUGGAUUAUUUACAUAAUCAGAUUAUCAUACUAUUUUGCGGACCUAUUUUUUAAUUGUUACUGAAUACCUAUUUUUUUCUUCUCAAUUGUAAUAUUACAUACUUGGGUAUACAAUAGUAUUAUUAUUAUAAUUUAGAGUUUAGACUAAUCAUAUUAACAAGUGAUUGUAAUUUAUUUUGUAAAGGCUAUAUAGCGCUUAUAGUUUUCUAAUAACUUGGUAACUC